UGUGCGUUCAAAACAAAAUAAAAAUCGAACAUAAAACUUUGUUUGCAUAAUGUGCAAUUGUGUAAAAAUAACUUGUAAUUAAAGAGAGUUUAAAAUUCUUAAUUUAUUUACAGCUUCAAAGCUAGUCAAGUAGAUAUUCCAUUCCUUAUAUAAAUAAUACAAAAAUGAUAAGUUUAAUAUGUGUAUCAAUUCGAAGGUUAUCAACAUCAAAGAUAUGCCUCCAACCGAAGCCGGACCAGCGCCAGGCGGAACUGAUGGCUCGCAGUCUCCCGAAGCGGUUACCCCUGAAAGGUGUCCGAGACAUCGUGGUGGUUUCAUCGGGGAAGGGAGGCGUCGGUAAGACUACCACGGCAGUCAAUCUGGCCGUCACAUUGUCCUCGAUGGGUAAAAACGUGGGCAUUCUGGAUGGCGACAUUUUCGGGCCGUCGGUCCCACUGAUGAUGAAUGUGUCGGAAGUUCCGCUGGUGGACGAGCGCAAUAUGAUGGUUCCACCAGUCAAUUUUGGCGUCAAAUGCAUGUCAAUGGGAUUAUUAGUGGAGACUGGGCCCGUGGUUUGGAGGGGUCCACUGGUGAUGUCAGCCAUUCAGAGACUACUCAAGGGUUCUGUUUGGGGCCCGCUGGAUAUACUCGUGGUCGAUACUCCGCCAGGUACGGGUGAUGUUCAUUUGUCGCUGAGCCAACAUGUUCCUCUGUCGGGUAUCUUGCUGGUUAGCAGCCCACAGAAAGCUGCUCUGGAAGUGACCCGGAAGGGCGCCGAAAUGUAUAGAUCUUUGAAGGUGCCGCUGAUUGGACUGGUGGAGAACAUGAGUUAUGUUGUUUGUGAUAAAUGCGAGAACCGGAUUGAACUGGCAGAAAAUUCCACUAAAGAACUGGUAGAUCAGCUGGACAUAAAAGUGCUGGAAUGCAUCCCAAUUGAAAAAGAAGUAAUGCAGUGUGGAGAUUCGGGGACACCUUUAUGCUUGAAAUAUCCUGAAUCGCAAUUUGCUAAAGCAUACCGAAGUAUUGGCCAAAAAGUGAUAGAUUUUCUAGAAAAUAAACGAGCGACUGAUAUUUAA